AUGUUUCAGGCAUACGUCAAGCAGCAAGUGCCCGGUCAGAUCAAUGCUGCCAUGGGCAACCGAAAAGCCGGUGGCUGCUUCGCUGGCGGCCGGGGCAAGGCGGCCAGCGCGAAGCGUGGCAUGUCGUCCAAGGAUAUUGAUGCCCUGGGCAGUAUCAAGGACAAGGUCAGUCAGUUUGACGCUGUGGAAGUGACGUCUUUUUUGUGGGCGGUUAUUUACUCGUCGGUAACGUUAGUCCUCCCAGUUUCGAAGCUGCAAAAUUCCCUCGAAGACCAAGCGUAG